AUGCGGCCGUCAGUUUUGCUGGCCGGCUCGACGCUGGGCUUUGCCUCCUCGUCACGCGCAAUCAACAUCCUGCUCAACAAUGACGAUGGGUUCGGGUCCGGGAACCUGCGCGAGGUUUACCGCCUGCUGAAGAACGCCGGCCACAAUGGUCAGUCCUCAAGAGCUACCGGGAACCGGCAUUUGCAGCUGAUGGAAGCAGUCUGGAUUGUAGCACCCGCCGUGGACCAGUCCGGCCGGGGCGGUCGUUCAUACUUUACGAAACUCGGCAAUCUCAGCGGGCCGUCGCAACACGACAUCGUCCCGGAAGGCGCUCCCUCGAUCGGCACUGACCCUCACGAUUCUCACAUCUGGUACUACAACGGCACACCGGUCGCCUGUACCCUUGUCGCCCUGGACUACGUCCUACCGAGACAUGCUCCUUUCAAGGUCCCCGACCUCGUGGUGUCGGGGCCGAACUUCGGACCCAAUCUUGGUCCGUUUUACUGGACCGCGGCAGGGACCGCCGGCGCAUCCUACGUCGCAACAGAGCGGUCCGUGGCCAGCAUCGCCAUUUCUGCAAGGAACAAAGAUGUCGCGUACUUCGACAUCAAGGACGAGAACAACGAAGCCACAUGGGCGGCCAAAGUAUCCGUCAAAAUCAUCGAGCAAGUCAUCCGCAGCGCUCCCGCCGGCGGCCCUCUGCUCCCUCUCGGAUACGGCUUGUCCGUCAACAUUCCCGUCCUCACUGCAAACAGCUCCGAUCCCGAGAUUGUCCAGACGCGCAUGACGGGAGACGCAGACAUAUACGAGGCCGUUUUCGACCCGGCCACGGGAGUGUUUGACUGGGUCAACAUUAAGCCCUACGCGGUGGCUCUGAACACAUGCGUGAAUGGCGAUUGCGCGCUUCCCGGAGAGACGAACGUCGUGAAGAACGGGCGGGUUUCUGUUUCAGUCUACAUCACAGACUAUGAUGCGCCCGUGACGGAACAUGCGGAGAGCAUAAUGGAGCGUGUGAGGCCGCUGACGAACAAGGGCCGGGAAGCUGCACAGGUACAGCGGGCGGACGUUCUGGGCAAAUAG